CUUCAAUUGCUUCUCCUCCGAGUAAGGUGUACUCUUUGCGCGUAGUUUCGUUGUUGAAGUACUGUUGCUAGCUUCGAAGAGCUCUAUUACCACCAUGCGUCUAAGCCCACUAGAUCCCAGCUCCUACUCAAACGCUCACGAGCUUAUCAUACGACAUGUGGAUUUGGAUUGGACGGUCAACUUCGAUAAGAGCACGAUCUCCGGCACGGCGACUCUGCACUUUAAAUUGUUGAAAUCAGACCUGCAGGAAAUUUUCCUCGAUGUCAGCGAUAUUACCAUAUCUUCCAUUGCUGUCAAAACGUCCGCUGGUGAGGCACCGCUGGACUGGGAUGUGGGUGGCACGGUGGAUAAUAUUGGAACAAAGUUGACCAUCUACUUGCCGACCAAAACUAGCGGAGAGCUAACGUUGGUGAUUGCCUACGAAACGUCGCCGAAGGCUAGCGCUCUACAGUGGUUAACACCAGAACAAACUUUUGGGAAAAAGCAUCCGUAUCUAUUCAGCCAGUGUCAGGCGAUUCAUGCCAGAUCGAUAUUGCCAUGUCAAGAUACACCGGCUGUUAAAUUUACCUACAAUGCAACACUUCAUCAUCCAACUGAGGUCACCGGACUUAUGAGCGCGAUUAAAGUCGAUUCCGAACCAGGGAUUUCGAAGUUCCAGCAAAAAACACCCAUUCCAAGCUAUUUGCUAGCGAUCGUAGUAGGUGCACUGGUAUCGAAGCCCAUUGGUCCGAUCUCAAGCGUUUGGGCGGAACAGGAGCAGAUUGAAGAGUCGGCCGAAGAGUUUUCCCAGACCGCCGAGUUUCUUGCCAAAGCGGAAGAAAUCUGUGGCCCGUACGUAUGGGAGCGGUACGAUCUGCUGGUAAUGCCGCCGAGCUUCCCCUUUGGUGGCAUGGAAAAUCCGUGCCUCACAUUCGUCACUCCGACGCUGCUGGCGGGCGAUAAGUCGCUAGCCACGGUAGUGGCGCAUGAAAUCGCCCACAGCUGGACGGGUAAUUUGGUGACGAACAAAAACUUUGAGCACUUCUGGCUGAACGAAGGCUUCACCGUGUUCGUGGAGGGAAAAAUUGUCGGCCGACUAGCGGGGAACGCUUCGCGCGAUUUUCACGCUCUGCACGGUUUGAGCGAACUGUCGGAUUGUAUUAAAACCCAGCUAGCCGACACGCCCGAGCUGACGAAAUUGGUCGUGGACCUUUCGGAGUGUGGGCCGGACGAUGCCUUUUCGACCGUGCCUUACAUUAAGGGCUCAACAUUUCUACGCUAUCUGGAGGAUCUGCUGGGCGGACCGGAGAAGUUUGAACCAUUCUUUCGAGCGUAUUUGAACCGAUUCAAGUAUCAAUCGGUGCUCACAAACGACUUCAAGCAGAUGCUGUACGAUUGGUUCCGUGAGGAUCCGAAAAAUGAAGUGCUACUCGAGCGUAUCAACUGGGACACGUGGUUGUUUGGCGAGGGAAUGCCACCGGUCAUACCGAACUACGAUCGAUCAAUGUUGGAAGCCUGCUUGGCACAUGCCGCUUUGUGGGCAGAGAACGAUCUGGAAACCAUCAAAGCCUCGCCGCUCCUGAAGCAAUCCCUCGUCAGCGUACAAAUGAUCGAAUUCCUUGCCCAGCUGCUGGAGAAGAAAACGAUCGUCGAUUUGUCGGCGGAGAAGAUUGCCCUGCUGGCGGACACGUACGGGUUGAGUUCGACGAAAAAUGCCGAACUCCGGUUCCGCCUCGUGCGCCUCUACAUCCGUGCCCGCCUGAUGGACAAAAUGGAUGAAAUUCUUGCCUUCCUGAACAGCAACUUCCGGAUGAAGUUUGUUCGUCCAAUCUACAAGGAGCUCGCAGGGUGGCCGACGGCGAAGCCGAUUGCCGUGGACAACUACAACCGCGUGAAGGACCAGAUGAUGACUGUCUGUGCCUACACUGUGGCAAAGGAUUUGGGUCUUUCGAAUGGGGCUGAUACCGAGUAGAAACCAUGUCUGUUCGAGUCGUAUUCGAUAAAUGUUUAAAUGUUUAAAUAAACUUUUCAAAGAUAAAGUGAGAUUAAUUAUCGCUAAUAUCGUAUCGAUGUUCCUUAAACCAUCACUGACUUUCGUCCUGGUGUUGGAUUGCUAGCGUGGGUUUCAGUAGGCUCCAAUUCCUGACUGUGCUGCUGUAAAUCUUCCGUCUGCACCGUAGCUCUCCAACGUAGAAAUAAAACCGUUCCACUGAUUGCUAGCAGCACUGCGGCAAGCAUUGUAAGGGGCUAAAAAGUUACAUGGAAACUAGAAAUUGUGGUGUACUAUGUCGUUAACCACGUUAAACCUACCUCCGGUAUCUUUUGAAUGACUUGCACUGAGUGUGUACAUUGUGUCAUCGUUAUGAUGGAUGAGAUCAGGAGAAAAAAGAACACCGCGUAGGAGAUGGCCAACACCGUGAUAUGCUGCGUUUUGAGGCCCGGUUCCGUUUUAAC